UUGUUUUUCUAUCUGUGGUGAGUUUGAGUUUUAUUUUAUCUGGAGUCAUUAUUAUGGAAAAGCUGCUUCUUUUAGGCCUUUUCUCUUGGAAAUCUUUACUAAAGAAAAAUCCUGACAUUCUGUUGGGGACAAAAUCUCUUCAGAACUUUUCUGAGGUCAGAACUCUGUGGCUCUUCGGCCAGUUUGGGAAUUUAAGGCUUUAUUUAUUCAGGAAACAGAGACGAUAACAAGUUUUUAAGAUUUUCAUCUAGAAAGGAAAUUCUGGACACGUCGAGGGAAGUGAGGAACACAUCUGGACUUUGCCAAGAAAGAACAAAGAUCUAACCAAGACCAGGUAAAGAUCUAACCAAGACCAGGUAAAGAUCUAACCAAGACCAGGUAAAGACCUUAUCGAGACCCUAUGUAAAGACUUGCAAAGACUUGUAAAGACUUGCAAGUCUUUGCAAGAGUUUCUGAAAGUGGGAAACACACUAAAAUAGUCAGACCUAAAUAAACAUCUCUAUAUCUAGAUAUUAGUCUUAUUAGAAUGAAAAAACCUCCACUAAGACCUGCUGACAGAUCCAAACUCUGCGUCUUCCUUGAUUUUCCUUCUUUGUUUGGUUUCCACCAGCAGCUCUGAGGAUCACUGCGCUGGAACUAAAAGUUCAUUAUUUCUUUCAUCCAAACAAACGUUUCUUUUUGCCUGUUUUCAUAGAUUGAAUUAAAUAAAUGAUAAAUGUAAAUAAAGCAGCUCUUUAAAAUGCUGUAGGUCUUUUCAUGUUGGAGACUUUUUUACUUUGGAUCUUAAAAACGGGUCAGAUUUCCAUUAAUAGCCUCCAGAUGUUCUGUAACACCUGGAUCUUCUCCACCUGUCCGACCCAAAGCUUCGCCGCCAGCCCUGCUGCUCCGGCGGGCCGGCCCCUCCCCUCCUGUUUGCACUCAUUGAUCCGAACUCCCGGGAGGAUCAAUGAGUGCAAACAGGACCCGUUUGUUUGACCCGUUUGAUCCUCCCGGGUCGCAGAUCCAGACCCCUGCUGGACAAAGGCGGCUCUGUGGAUCCCCCUGCCGGACCCCGCCCGCAUUUAUAAAAACCCCCGACAUACCUGCGCAGGAACCGGACCGGGAUAAGCUUCUGCUCAGGUGUCACCCGAUAGCCAAUGAGAGCUGGAGGCUCGGAGUGAUAAACAGCUAAAGAAGCUGAGGAUUCAUUCUGUGGGAGUAAAGAGGCUGACCCACUUUGGCUGGGUGUGUCUGGCUGGAGGGACAAACUCCAACGUCUGGAAGACAAAUAAGGUAAAACCUUACAGUUUGUUUGACAAAUGCAUGAAAUGGAUGUUAAUAUUGUUGUUUUAUAAACAUGUUCUGUGAAUAUUCAGGCUGAUAUUUAACAAUAAGUGGAUGUUUAGCUGAAGGAAGCUCCUGCAGAUCCUCUCUGGAUGUUUCUGUGUCCUUGGAUUCGUUUGGAGGUCGACUGGAAAACAGGCUGGAGUAUCAGACCAGGCAGACGAGUCAGGGCAACUUUAAGAAAACAAACCAAUCAACAAAUCUGCAGGAAAACUUCAGGCUGAAGAUAGAAGAGGUCUCCAGAAGUCUAGAGUUUAUUCUUCCUCAUGUUGGAUGUAAACUCUGGGACCGAAUCCUGGAAGGCCGACCCAUUUUUAGUGCUUAGAGUCCAUCAGUUUGUUCAUUUUUGAGAACUUUUCUCUGGGUUUUCAGUAGAAUUGGUUCAGUUUCUCACUAAAUUGCUCCUGGAUUGAAGAAAAGUUGCUCUUUGGUAACAUUUUUGAUCCUUUGCUGCUGGAAGCUCUUAACUUUUCUUCUCCACGUGUUGGAAACAGUCGGGAGAAACGACUCCAGCAGGCCUCCGCUCUCCGUCCAGGUAUUUCUGUUCCAGUCAGUCAUGGUUUCCUUGGACAGCAGUUGUUUCUUUACUUCCCUUUCUUCACCUGCUGCCAUUGUUGAGGAAGCUCUGCACUGGUGGCAACAUGAUUUUAUUGGAGUUUAAUGUUUACUACAUGAAAAUGAGGAAAAUUUCUCAAAGUCCAAACAUGAAUUUCUUUAAAUUCUUCUAAAAUAUGUCUUUAGUUUUAGUUUGUGCUUGAUUUUUGCCAUCUUGCCUUGAAUCAGCUGGAUUGGCUCCUGUUUAGGUGUAGAAUCUGGAUUAAAUUACAGACAGUAUGCAGGGCUGUGCAUGCAGGUGCAGCUCAACCUCCUCAGUCAUCACUCCUCCACCACCGUGCUUGGCUGUUGGUAUCAGACGUUUGUGCCGAAAUGUCCAAAAUACAAACCUGUCGGAUCAUUUUAUGAUUAGCAUUUAGCAUGCUAACUCAGGCUGUUGUAUUUAUCUUGUUUGAUAUAAACUGGGGAGGUAAAGCUGGAGCUCCUGUUGCCUCAGCAGCCGCCGUCUCCAUUAACGCGGAGGCUCAGGGUCUUCAGCUGCCAUUAAAGAUAAAGUGUAGCAGCGUUAGCGUUAGCCCCCCGUUAGUGAUAUCGCUUCCUGCUCCAGGUGAAAUCCAGCCGGUUCUGUGAAGCAUCAACAACCCACUUGUUGGUGUCGUGCAGCAGAGCCACAGGUGGGCUGAGCGGUUUGGAGCCACUAACCGCUGAUGCAGCGGGCGCUGAAGGCCUCGUCUGGCGCGGCAGCAGUAAUCGUUAUGGUGAUGGGGGUAAUUUAUGGAGCUGGUGUGAGAUGCUGGAGUAAAUGCAGGUCUCUGUUACAGCCUGGCAGGAAGCAGCUGUGAUGUUUCCCUCCUCCUCCCUGAUGGCUGUGAUGAAGCCGACAUGAAGCCGACUAUGGAGGAUCUUCUGGCUUCAUGUUCUCUCUGCACCAAAUAAAAACAUUACAGGAAACUUCACCUAAACAAACUGUAGCAGGAAUUUAGGCAAAACUGAACAUCAAUCAAACUGAAACUUGGCAGAAAUCUGAACCACUUCCUGAAGCGUAAACCGUCCUGGUAGCUGCGCAAAAACAAAUCCUGUGAUGUCACUGACACAUGCUGGGUGAUUAGCCCCGCCCCCCGGCCCGAUGCUGACUUGUUCCGCUAGUGAUGUUUGUAUAGCAUGUAGCAUUAGCUUCUGCCACAUACUGUGGUGCUAAAGCGUUUUAGCAUUAGCUUCUGCUAAAUACCGUGUUAGCGUAGCACUGUAACUGUUAGCACGAUAUAUCGGUGCUAACAUCAGUAUCAGAAGAUGUCAGUAAAUGUUUUGACGUGUCUGUCUGGCUCCAGUAAAGCUGAUUUUUAUGUCCAUUUUGUUGCCUUUUAUUUCUGGAGGAAGCCUGGAGGUGACGGUGUUUGGGGUCAGAGAUGGUGACCUUGGGGUCACCGUCUCAUAAGCUAACCAUCGGAAGGCGCCACCUUAAAGGGCCGGUGCAGUGCGGAUCGCUGCUCUGAAGCUGCCAUUUUUCUCCAAUAAAAGCUUUUUUAGUUUUCAUUUUGAGGCUCCUCCAUCUGUUCUUGUUUUAUUGUGGUUCUAAUGUUUUUCCAGUCAGAUUUUCUCGGCAGGAUCUCAUCAUGUUUCUGCUGUGGAUCUUCAUGCUGCCGGCGGCUUCCUGCACGCUCUCCGGCAGCGCCGCGUUCUGUCCGGACCCAGAGGGCAGCAGCCGAGACGCAGGUCAUGUAAUUGAUUGUCUGGGUCUGCGCUUCGUCUGGCUCCACGCCGUCUUCGAUAACUUCCCCUCGCUGCUGAGCUUCGUGUCCAGGCUGCGGUGUGCAUCAGGGCUGUGUCCGCGGGACCUGGAGGACUACGGCUGCUCCUGCAGACAUGUGGCGUCUGGGAACCCGGUGGAUCCUCUGGACACCUGUUGUGCAGCUCACAGGCGGUGCUACCAGAGUGCUGCCCCCUGCAGGCAGCCGCUGCCUCUGCCUCCGUAUAAUUUCUCCUGCUCCGCAGAAAGCAGCAGCUGCGACGUUGGCGACCCGUGUCAGCAGAAAGUUUGUGAAUGCGACCGAGCCGCCAUCGACUGCGCGACGCGGAGCCGCUACAACCCGAGUCUGAGGGGCCUGACGGAGGCCGCCUGCUCCGCCGGAAAUGCUCCAGAUUGGCUCGGCGGCGGCGUGGCGGAGGCUGACGACGUCUUCAACAGAACAGAUGUUCUCACAGCAGCAGAGCGGCUGUCCAGCGCCGCCCCGCCGCCCGCAGAACCGGACCGGGCCAUGAUCGGUACUGUGGAAAGCCAAAGUAAUCCGGCUGGGCUGGACGGAGGAUUCAUCACCGGACCACCAGAACCGACCGUCCUCCGGACUCGUCCUGAGGAGUGGGAGGAACGGGCAGCCGAGAGAAACCGAGAACAGCAGAAACUCCAGAGUUUGAUCUCUAAUGGCCUGAAAGAGGCAGAAGAAGUGGAGUGGGAGGACCAAGCUGAAGAUCAGAUGACCCAGAGUCCUGCAGAAAUCAGCCUAACGAGCCUCACGGGUCCAACGAGCCUCACGGGUCCAACGAGCCUCACGGGUCCAACGAGUCCAACGAGACCCGAUCCGGUCCAGUUGGUCCAUGAAGGAGCGACCCCAAACGGGCCGCCGUCUCCACGGAGACCUGCUGGUGUUUAUUAUGGGAUGGAUCAGGCGCAGAUUCCUGCUGCUGGCGCCGCGCCGUCGGUUCUCACCUCAGCAUCUCUGAGAAACACGCUGCUGGAUGGAACCGGUGUGGAGCUUCUGUCACCCGCAUCUCCAACCAUCGCCCAGAACAAACCCACAGGAAGCUCAGCGUCAGCUGGGAAAUCUCCACCAAUCACAGCGACGACGACGCCUCUCUGUGAGGAGGAGGAGGAGGAGGUGGAGGAGGAAGAGGAGGAGGAAGGCUCGCAGGAGGAAGACGGGGCGGAGCCAGGUCCGAAGAGGGCGGUGCCGUUCUUCGCCUGGUCUCUGCUGGAGUCCGUCGGUCUGACCGACAUCCAGCAGCCGGGCGGCCGAGAAUGCAGCUCCUCCUUCAGCGUGUUCAGCAGCGACGGCCGGAGCCGCAGAGAGAUGCCGGCGCUGGGGGAGAUGCUGCGCUGCCUGACGGGACGAUGUCCGCACGAGUACGAGAUGUACGGCUGCUACUGCGGACAGGAAGGGGCGGGGCUUCCUCUGGACCAGCUGGACAGAUGUUGCUUCUUCCAUCGCUGCUGCCUGAAACAGAUCGACUCCCUGGGCUGCCGAGCCGACAGGAAGCUCAACGCUCACAUUUCCUGCGAGAGCCGCAACAAACCGCGAUGUCGGGGCAUCACAGUGUGCGACAAACUGCAGUGUGUGUGUGAUAAAACCACAGCACAGUGCAUGGCUGCGGCGCACUUCAACCACAGCCUGCCGUCGCAGCGCUGCCACGGACCGGCGCCGCCCUGCCGCCGGGCCGCCAGGCCCCCCAAAACCGCAGUGGAACCGGCCCGGUCCAGUGAGGAGAGCAAACCCAGCCAGUCUGAGGAGCCCGAGACGAGUUCUGCUCAGUAUUCAGACAGUGAUCAAAGUUCUGAUGUAAUAAAUGAAGAGACGCCGACUCCUGCUGGAACAUCGAGAGCCGAGACCGAAGAGCUGCAGACGGUCGGUGGGAUUCAGAACCAAGACAGACAACCGGCGGGAGGACCGGGAGAGGAAGAGGAGGAGGAGGAGGAAUAUGAAGAGGAGGAGGAGAAGGAGGAAGAAGAAAACUAAACCAACCACAGAAAACUUUGCAACUCAAAUACUUCAAUAGAAACAUUUUAUUUGAAUCUCCAACAUGAAAUUUCAACACAUUCUGAGACAUUAUCGUAAACGCCGAGGCUCUGCUGCAGCUCAGGUUCAGGAAAUGAGAUAACAGAACAUAAAAGCCAAUCAUCUUCAGUGUUUAAGUUCAGAUCAGUGAGUCCAGAACAAAAACGACGACAUUUCCUGAACCUGCAGGAAGAGCUGAGCCUUGGCGCCACCUAGUGGUCAUAAAUCACUGAACAACAACUCUGAGCGUCAGCGUUUUAUCUUUGAAGGAGAACAGAGACGAGACGUUUCUCUAAAACUGGCACAAGAAUACAGACUGCUGCAGCACAGACGAAUAAAAC